UGCCUCACAUCGGAUUGUGACUCAACAAGACGCUGUGCUGCUGCUACUCUCGGUGCGAGUUUCCACGCGGACGACCAGAUCAGAUCGCCGUAUUCUAAUCCUCCCUGAAGCGUGGCAAGAUACUCGUCUCCACAACAAAGCGGCUUGAGCAGUACAAUUGACAGGAGCCCCAGCAAACAUCCAUAGCUGAAUCUGUCCUGGUACUACCUGGUGCAGCUGCAAUGGCAUGGUCUAGUUUGAUUCAGGUGGCCAUACUUGGUAUGAUCGGGCUUGCCAGUGUCAACCAGGUACAUGCGACUCAAUGUCAACCAGGGUACUAUUAUAUAAAAGAAACUGGUUGGUGUAGCGAUAUUAAUGAAUGUAACCAAAAUGACCUCCUCUGUACGAGUGACACCGUUUAUCCGUCAACUUGCCAAAACACGGAGGGCAGCUACAUCUGUCACCUACCCCAUGUCACCAAGUUAGAGUUUCCGACCGGCUAUUCAGUUAGAGGUGUGACCAUUACCCGCAUUGGAUACCAUGGUAAUAUUGCACCUCAUCUCGUAUUCGGAUGCCAGCAAGGUUUCUUUGAACACUGUGCUACUGGUAACUGUAUCAGAGGCUACAACGGAGAUUGGGCUUCGUACAAGCUUGCGCGAACGGUAGAAGAGUCAACUGGACUCUGGUACACAUCGACGACUUAUUAUUAUACAUACUACAACCUUCCAGAAUGCCGACCAAUCGCCACCAAGGUAUGCGCAGGAGUUCAAGUCUAUUACGCUCACCUUCCUGUCACAUAUUUGGAGGCUCAUCAUGCAUGCCAAUCGCGCAAAAUGCGGCUGCCAAGCGAAGGAUUCACCCAUGUGCAAUUCAGUGCCACAGCCAGCAAGUGCUUCGGUGACGCACCAAAUUCUACGUGGAAUUCGGAAAGCAUGGUUGCAGAUUUAAGCGCGGAUCCACAGACCUCGGCUCUGCCCAGUCGCUCCGUCAAACCCGGACAUAAGAAUAGCUUCUUGUGUGUCCCAAUUGACUUCCAAACAGCUGUGCACCGCGAGGAUAUCAAGCUUGCAAACAAUAUAAAGCCGUUCCCAUGCUCCGGUGGUGCAAACCUGUAUCUUGUAGAUACCCCGGAGCAAGGCCGCACGUUCCGUGAAGCCCAGCUCGCCUGCCGAAAGAGAGCCCUCGAGCUACCGGGUCCAAGACUGUUUCGAUGCAUGAGAAUUCUUGGAUACAAAUCCAAACCAGGCGCAGAAGCCUGGAUGGCCGCGGCCUCCACUGUUCACUCCGAUUGGUCGUAUACUACUGGUGGCUUCCCACAAGAUAUCAGACAGAGGCACCACCUGACGAUUUGCACUUCAUACUAAAAUGCAAGGGUCUGUGUGGACGGCAAGGCAGCCAAAGAACCCCACACGGCUUUGGAAGCUAUUCGCCUGAAGGUUCAAGAUGGUGGCUGAUGUACAGUGUGGUUCCUAGCUGCCGGGAGUACGAAUUCCACUGUUUAGUUCCUCUGCAUAUUUCUUCCAUGUGUGCUGUAUUUUUAUAUCACUGUUCUUCACAACUAUCUUUAGAUUUAUGCGCUAACUUUUGUGCAUUUCUUCUUCUUUUUGUAGUUCCAGUUUCCGUAUAUACAAUCGUCCCUCUCUAAUCCGGCACCUUUUGCUACGGCGUUUUCUGCUGGAUUAACGAGGGUGCUGGAUUAAGAAAUCCUGCCCUCUGACCCGGCCCUACCCAAUUGCAUGCAUGCAUCAUACGUCAAAACGCAGGGUUUUCCGUGUCGACCCAAGUAUUUGGUGCACGGCUUUAUAUUCUCAACUGUUCUCCAGGAAUAUACACAGUGAUAAAGUGAUAAAGUAAAACAGAUAACAUGUUCACAUGUACUCUUGCACACACACGCACACACACCUGAAAAUUGGCAGGACACUACUCCUUGCUAAAAUAAGAAAGUAUGGUUGACUGCUUAGCCGUUGUCUCCUGGACAACAUUGACCCUCUUGAGAAGGCCACGCAAGCA